GUGCGGAGCGGCGGGCAUGGCUCAGUACAAGGGCACCACGCGCGAGGCCGGCCGGGCCAUGCACCUGAUCAAGAAGCGGGAGAAGCAGAAAGAGCAGAUGGCGGUGCUGAAGCAGCGCAUCGCCGAGGAGACCAUCGUCAAGUCCAAGGUGGACAAGAAAUUCUCGGCCCAUUACGAUGCCGUGGAGGCCGAGCUGAAGUCCAGCACGGUGGGUCUGGUGACCCUGAACGACAUGAAGGCCAAGCAGGAGGCCCUGCUGAGGGAGCGCGAGAGGCAGAUGGCCCGGAGGGAGCAGCUGGAGGCGCGGAGGCGGCAGCUGGAGGCGCUGCGCGAGAGGGAGCGCAGGCAGGAGCAGAAGCGCCAGAUCUCCAGCCUGUCCUUCACCCUCGACGAGGGCGACGAGGGCGGCGAGGGCGGCGAGGGCGGCGAGGGCGGCGAGCGCGCUGAGGGCCGGGCGGCGGCCGAGCGGCCCCAACCCGCGGGGAUGCGCAAGAGGAGGAAGAACCUGGGCAAGGAUCCCGACGUGGACACGAGCUUCCUGCCGGACCACGACCGCGAGGAGGAGGAAAACCGGCUGCGGGAGGAGCUGCGGCAGGAGUGGGAGGCUAAGCGCGAACAGGUGAAGCGCGAGGAGAUGGAGGUCACGUUCAGCUACUGGGACGGCUCGGGGCACCGGCGCACCGUGCGCAUCCACAAGGGCGGCACCGUGCAGCAGUUCCUCAAGAAGGCCCUGCAGGGGCUGCGCCAGGACUUCCGCGAGCUGCGGGCGGCCGGCGUGGAGCAGCUCAUGUACGUCAAGGAGGACCUAAUACUGCCCCACUACCACACCUUCUACGACUUCAUCGUCACCAAGGCCCGCGGCAAAAGCGGGCCGCUCUUCAACUUCCACGUGCACGAUGACGUGCGGCUGCUGAGCGACGCCACCAUGGAGAAGGACGAGUCACACGCCGGCAAGGUGGUGCUGAGGAGCUGGUACGAGAAGAACAAGCACAUCUUCCCCGCCAGCCGCUGGGAGCCCUACGACCCUGAGAAGAAGUGGGACAAGUACACGAUCCGGUGACGCCUCUGCCCGGCCCCGCCCCUCCCCUGCCCUGCGCCCGGUCCAGCAGCCCCCACACCGGGGCAGUGACAGCCAGCAUGGGAAACUGCCCGGUAACUGGCAGCUUAAUUUGGUGACCUUAACAUCUUACCUGAAAUGUAAUAAAAACCGAAGGUUCGCAUUAUUCAAAUUUGGUCACUGCAUUGCUAACAUUUUUGGUUGUUUUUGUUUUGGGGGAGCAUUUUUAAUGUUACUAUGUGGAUUCGUUACAUGGCUCUGUUGAGCAAUAUUGAAACCAUGACUAGGCACACUAUGGACAAAAAUGAAAAUAAGAGGUGCAUUUUCUACUUAGGUCACAGUAUUAGAGCUGGUGGUCAUGAGCAUGGACUUCGGAGCGAAAUUGCCUGGGUUUGACUCUCAAUUCAGCUUCUUAUUUGCUAUGUAAUGUGGGGCAAACCAAUUGAAACUUUGUGCCUUAGUUUCCUCUAUUGUAAAUAGGGAUGAUAGCAUAAAUAGCAUAAUACCUCAUAAAAUCG